AUGCUCCCUCCGCUGAACACACUUGAUCCACCGGAGGAUCCGCCGGAUUUACUCGGUCUACUUUCACCGCCUCCAUCUGUUCCACAUCCUCGGCGAUCCUCAUCGAUUGCUCCGUCCACGAGAGCCUCAAAGGUUCUGGCUUCUAUCUCGUGGCUGUUGGUUGGCUUCCCUCAGAGUGUCUAA